AUGUCGAAUCCUUACUACACUCCACGUCUCGGCAAUAUGAUGCCGCAUGACCUGGUGCGUUUCAGUGCUGCCAAUGCCGAGAUGCAUGCACCCUGCGCUGCAGCAGCAGCGGCGCUGAGACGCGACCUCAACAUGCGACCGCGGGCAUUGAAUCGUCUGCGUGAGUCUGAGCAAGCCAGUCGAUGUGAUGUAACUACUACACAUCGCUAUGAAGAUCCCUCGUACGAAAAUGUACAUGUACAUUGGCAAAAUGGUUUUGAAUUUGGGCGUUCGCGUGAUUAUGAACAUAGCCAUCAAUCGGCGAAUGGUACAACGCGACCACAAUUGCAGCGCGCACGUUCCGAAAGUCCGAGCUUUAGCACGCAGCAAAGACGCAUGCGUCAAAACGUUAACGGAGCUGCCACUAAUAGCAAUAAUGCAGCAACAGCAGCCGUUAAUAAUAUCCCGAAAUAUGGCGAUCCAUUUAAAAACUAUGUGCUCAAUGCCGAGAACAAUACAUUCAAACCGAAACUGGCUAAAGUUGAAAAUGGCGAAGGUGCCAAUGGUGGCGUGCCGAGCGGAAAUGGAAAUGGAAAGGGUGCAGCCGAAGUAGUAAUAAAUGCUUUAUCAGACAAUGUUAACGGUAACGAAACACCACCAACUAUUGGCGAACAAUUAACUGGUACAAAUCAAGUUAGUGAGCUUGAAUUGGAAAUGGAAGGCGCUAUGGGCGGCGCCAGCGCUGAAAUUUUGUCAUGCUCAGUCGCAGCGAAUGCAACAGAUGAUGUGGGCGAAAUUCCUACGAAUUUAAGUAAACCACUGAAUUUCAAUAUUAAUGAAAAUCAGAAUGAGAAUGUGAAUAUGAACAUGAAUGACAACGAGACUGAUGCAACAAAGACAAAUGCCACUAACAACAGUAACAAUAAUCAAAUGAAUUCAACUAACAAUGAACAAAACGAUGAUUGA